CCGGACGAAAGAGUAACCCAAGCGCCUCCCGUACGCUUCCUGACCACAGAUCUCGAUCCUGCUGCGUGUGUCCGUGACGAGUCGUUGAUGGCCGAAUUGGAUGAGAUACACGCUGCAGGACCACUCCGCAAGAAAGUCAAAAGUGACAGGAUGAUCGCGGGGAUGUCACUCAGCGCUAUUGUGAAGGCCAUGCGGGAGGAAGGCGGCGUGCCCAUCAAGGAUUACAGCUGGCAUGGUAGGAAAUAUGCGAAUUCGUUCAAAGGCCACGACUUUGUCUCUUGGCUGGUCCGCGAAUUCCGUGACGUAUCAUCGAGGGAAGAAGGGACGAAAUGGGGUGCAAGUUUGCAAGAGCAGGGCCUUUUUGAUCAUGGGCGACAACAACAUGGAUUUCUCGAUGGGCAUUACUUCUAUAUCUUAGCGCCCGAGUAUCUCGCGCCGCCAACGACACCGAGGACUGUUUGGGGACCCUUCCGUUCUCGGCAUGUAUCAGGAGAAGAAUCUAGCAUAAAGCCAAUGACCCCUUUGGAGAUGUCGUCUGCAUCUACUCCCAAGGCGAAGAAGCGUCUGAUUCUUAGUCAAAGCAUGGUCAUAGAUGUCGAUCCUAACAAGGUC